CCUUCAUUCCUUCUCCUUCCAUUCGUUCAUUCAUUCGUUCAUUCAUUUCACCCUCACAAUGAGUUCUUACAAUCUCAAGGACCCAGAGGCGCCCAUCGUUUCUGGCCUACUCCUCGCUUUCUUGUGCAACGUCGUCGAGAGUGUCGGCGAGUCCACGGGACUUACCUCCCAUCUAUGCAAGGAUGCUGGUCUCCACUGCCUUCGCAACAUCGACUACGCAGAGGCACCCACAGCCAUGCCUAUAUGGAAACCAACCCAAGAUAUGGUCAACGCGGCAGUCCCUGACAAUGUCGACACGCUUGCUGCUCGCGACUUACUUGUCUCCCUCCAAAGGCAAGCUGAUGCCGAGGCCGCACAGGGCGUGCAGCCCUUGGAUGCUGAGCAUCGCUUCCUCCGCUGCCGCGAUUUCUACGUCGCCUACAAAUCGGGAAGGAAGACUCCCUCCGAGGUUGCAGAGCAGCUCUUGGACAUGAUUAAGGCGUCAGAAGAAGUAUCGCCGCCGUUGGGCGCGAUCUGGAACUGGAGCAAGGACUCUAUCCUGAAGCAAGCCCAGGCCUCGACCGAGCGUUACCGCGGAGGCAAACCUCUGAGCAUCGUGGACGGUGUCCCCAUCGUUAUCAAAGACGAAGUUGAUGUCGAGGGUUACGAGACCGCAGUUGGAACAAACUUCAUCAACAAGGACAAUCCAGCCAAGGAGGACGCCCAUCUCGUAGCACUGCUGCGUGCUCACGGCGCCAUCAUUAUCGGAAAAUCCACCAUGCAUGAAAUCGGAUUGGGAAUCACCAGCUUCAACCCCAGCACUACGACCCCCCGUAACCCUUACCAGCCUCUUCACUCCACAGGAGGAAGCUCCGGAGGAUCGGGCGCAGCAGUGGCCUCUGGGCUUUGUCCUAUUGCCAUCGGAUGCGAUGGAGGCGGCUCUGUCAGAGUCCCAUCCUCUUACUGCGGUAUCUAUGGACUGAAGUCGACUCAGGGUCGUAUCUCGAGUCGGGGAGAGUAUCCGUUGGCCCCGACUGUGGCGAUCAGUGGUCCCAUGUGCGCCACAAUGGAAGAUCUGGCGAUUGUCUACGCCAUCAUUGCUGGUCAGGACGAAAAGGAUGAGUUCACCAAGAUGCAGCCCCCGGUUGCGCUGCCUAGAUUCAUCAAUCCGACUAAUGCAUCAGGUCAGCUGCAGGGUCUCCGAAUUGGUAUCUAUCGUCGUUGGUUCGAGGACGUGAGCCAUCCCGAGAUCUCCAAAGUUUGCUAUAGUAUGCUGGAGCGACUUUGCAAGGACCACGGAGCUGUUCUUGUCGACAUCGAGAUCCCAGAGCUGUUUGAGAGCAGCAAGGCGCACAACAUCACCAUUGUCGCUGAAAUGCUUGCCAAGCUGAAUAAGGACCGUAGAAAGCUGAACCACCAGACGCGUCUUGAGCUGGCGCUGAUGAACAGCAUGAAGAUGUCAGACUAUGUUCGAGCGCAGCAGCAGAAGACACGUAGCAUUCGGUUCCUCGAGACUCUGUUCGGACAGAAGGCCACGGAUAAACAACAUCAGUCGCGAUAUCCAUGCCUCGGUGGUAAGGACGGUAUCGUGGAUGUAAUUGUGACCCCAACAAUCGCCAACCUACCAACCAAGGUCAACGCUGGAGCGAUGUCGCAUGGAGAAUCCAACUACCUUAACACAACCAAGACGAUGCAAUAUAUGUCGAUGGCUAACUUUACUGGUAUCCCUGCCAUCACUGCCGUGGCAGGCUAUUCUAAGGAAGAGUACAUGCAUAUGAACGGAGACAAGUACCCGACCGGAUUUCCGAUCGGGAUCCAGUUUAUGGGCCAGUGGUGGGAUGAGAAGCGACUGAUCCACAUCGCUAACGUGUGCGAACGGGUGUUGGAAACGCGCCAGAAACCCAAGAUCUGGGUUGGCGAUUACAAACUGUAGAAUGCGCAAUUUAGUAUAAAAAAACCAUAUCUCUAUUGUGGCUAAUGAUGGGCA